AUGGCUGCCUACCAUAAGAUGGGGGUGGUGUACGACAACCAGGGCUCCUACGAUGAGGCAGUUCAGAAGUACAAGCAGUUCCUGGCCUUGUGCAUUACCUCCAAGAACACCCAGGGCGAGGCGCUGGCCUACAACUGUCUGGGCAUCGACUGCUUCAAGAUGGGUCUGGGCCCCGCAGCUGGCGCCAUGGCCUACCGGGUGAACGGCCUUCCGCCUUUUCAGGUCUCCUUCAGCAUCACCUUCCCAGAAGGAUAUGUGGGGAAGGAGAAGUUGGACACGAAGUUCCAAGUGGAAGCAGAGGAUACUCAAACGCAGGUUGGAGUGCUGAGCACGCUGGCCAAGACGGCCAAGUACGAUCUCCAGAGUUUAGACGCCAACGCCUUGGAGCUUCACACCAGGUUGGAGGCAUUGCAGGUAAUCGCCAGCACCGGAGUGUGCAACGAGGAGGGGAAGCCAAAUGGAAAGCUUCGCUCUCGCGAUUGCGACGAGACCACCGAGGGAUCCGACGAUGAUUUGGUCACACGGUCGUCCUCCAUGAAGACUGCUGCCUCGAGCUACAGCCAGGAGAUGUGGGAAUUCAGUGUUCCGGAGGACGACGACGUGAUCCCGGAUGUCCCGAUCUGCGGUGGCGAAGUGCUGGCGACGCCUCUGCGGCGGCAGUGCGACGCCUUCGAGAGCAGCCGACAGAGGCCCUUCGUCGCCUCCAUCGCGCAGUGGGAUGAGCCAGGUUGGGAUUGA